AUGUCACACGAGGCGUUUCGUCUCAAUGAGCUCAAGCAAAAGUUAUCGUACAAAAUUGAAUCCAUCGCCACCGCAGGGAACCUCUUCUUCCUUGGCACCAGCGACGGCAAGCUAGUCGUGUAUGAGGUCUCGCUCGAGAGUUAUGAUGCCCAGUGCGUCCACAUCCAGACUUCAAAGCACAAGCAGCCCAUCCGCAUGAUUGUGCCAAUCGUAGAGAAGGAGAUUCUAAUCGCAGUGGCGGGGGACAUCAUUGUGUUGCACGAGCUGCAGCACAUGAGUCAUGUGCAGCUCAACUGCCUGCCGGAGAACCGUCUGCCGGAGUUGGGCACCGUGAAGGGGACGAAGGACGUCGUCGCGCUGCAUGUGAAGCGGCACCGCGGUGUCUACUCAAUGGCGGUCUUGCAGCGCAAGAAGGUCACUAUCUAUGAGUACAAGGACCAGCUGCAGAAUUUCACGGUGGUGAAGGACGCUCUGGCGCUGCCUGAGGGCGCCAAGACGCUGCUGUGGGUGGGCAAAAAUCUUAUGCUUGGGUUUCGCCGCGAGUACGUACUGCUGGACGUUUCGAGCGGCGCCACGGACUGCCUGUACCCGACGGGCAAGAGUGGCGUGCCGUUGCUGCUCUCACUCGAUCCGGUGCCAGAGCUGCUGGUGGGCGGAGACGGUACCGGUAUCCGUGCGCUGCACGACGGCAGCCUCGUGCCGGGCCGGAGCGGCAUGCCGUGGCCGUCGCUUCCCACAAGCGCCGCCUACGUUCACCCGUUCCUCCUCACUGCUCAUGACAGCAACUGCAUUGAGGUGCGGGUGCCGUUCCUCAGCACGCUGCAGGAGUCGACGAAUCCCGCGCUGUGCCAGAGCAUCAGCGUCAAGUACGCUGACCGCAUCUCACAACGGCCAUUCGUCGACUUCGAUGCCCGCCUACCAAGACCGACGACACCGCCGGAUGCGCUGCGCAAGGACAUCACGAUCGCCAUCAACAGCAGCAACACAGUGUACCUGCUCGAGUUCGUGCCGCUGAAGGAACAGGUGAUGGCGCUGGCCUCUGCCAAGUGCUUCGAGGCAGGCCUUCUGCUCUGCCAGCUGUGCGUUAACGAGGUGGACGAGACGACGGUGGUCAGCCUCAAGACACAAUUCGCUCUUUGGACCUUCGCCACGAAGAGGGAAUUCAGGACCGCCAUGCUGCGAUUCCGUGACGCCAACGUGGACCCACGGCUCGUGAUUGAUCUCUUCCCUGGCUUCCUCACGCAGAAGGGGCGGGAGACGUGGGGACGCCCUCCCAAGGAGUAUGCGGUGUCGCUCGAUACAACCGACCUCGCACGACACAUGCAGGACGCUGUUGCAGCCUUUCUAGACUACGCGCUGCCACUGCGCUGCGAGUAUACAGCAGGGAAGGAGGAGACGGUACGCGUGUUGGCGGAGGCCAUUGACACCGCCAUUGUCAAGGCAUACGUCGUGAUGGGGCAAGAACAGGAGCUGAUAAGGUUUCUUGGCGAGGAUAACGUGUGCGACCUCGCGGAGGGGGAGGUGUUCCUCGCGGACAGCGAGCAGUGGGUGGCGUUGGUCGCGCUGUGGCAUCGCCACAAGCUGCAUAGCAAGAGCCUCGCACUGCUAUGCACACUCGGCACGACGGGGCAGCCAGCCGCCGCCGCAGCAGACACCGCUGUCAUGCCGACACCAUCUGCUGAGGUGAAAGUGCCCUUCGAUUCGGAAUUUUCGCGGCUGCUAGAGACGCUGCUCGCCGAGUGCUUUGCCGAAAACGAGAGGACAAAUAGCAGCAGUGACAGCGAAGGCGGUUUUACGCCGCAAAGCGUCCUUGCGAAGCUUUUGGCGAAGAAUACAGUAGACGUGGACAGCUCACAGAUGCCGCAACUCCUGCGUCGCUGUGUUGGUGUGGUGACGACCAUCCAAUAUGUGCGGCGGCUCUCGUGGGACGAGUGCGAGACAGCGGCGUUGGUGGAGCGGUAUGCGCGGUGGAUCCUCGCCGACGUCCCUCCACGGUGGUCUGCCAUGAUGCUUCCCGCGAAACUUGUGCAGCCACAGCACUACCCCGCCGUUCUUCGCCUUGUGAGCGCCGAUAUGAGCGACAUUGGCCACACGCGUUCGGACGAGAGGCUGGUGGAGUGGCUCUCGCGGGUGUUUGGCGAUGCGUGCAGCACAUGCAUUGAUGCCGCGACGCAUAAUGCUUAUUGGUACAGCCUUGCGCAGCUCGUGGUGAACAAUUCCAGCACGCAGCAGCAGCAGCAGCAGAUGGUGUGGCAGCGAUGCCUAGAUGACUUUCUGCGGACGUCGCGGUACAUGGACGUGGCAAAGGCGAAGGUGUAUUUCGAGCAACCGGACGUGCGAUCGCGUGCGUACGCGGAGCGCGCCAUCAUCUACCAGCGACUGAGGCUGCACGAGGACGCCAUACGCAUGUUUCUUUACGAGGCGGAUCAUCUGCAGGAGGCGCAGGACUACGCGACGCGUGUUGGCCGUGACGAGGAGGACGAUGCCUUCGAGAUUCUCCUUCGGCUGCUGCUCAACCCCGGUGACACAGGCUCUGCGCCGCUGCUGCAGGAGGCCGUUGCGAUGGUGAACACGUGCGACGGCGUCGACCCGCUGACGGCGCUGCCGCUGCUGCCAGACAGCACCCCCGUCGCCGACAUUGCGGACUUCAUGAAGCGGUCCCUCCGCGACGCGUCGACGCGGAGCUGCAACGCGGCGAUUUACGCCAGCGUCUUGGAAUCGUGCAUCCGCAAAGCGGAGGUGGGGCUUGUGGCGGAGCGGUCGCGUCGCAUUGUGAUGGAUUUGGGCACUUGCUGCGCCGUCUGCGAGAAGAAGAUGCGGCUCGAUACCGUUUUUGUGCGUUUCCCCAACGGCGUGGUGGUGCACCAGGCCUGCAUGGACGACGAGCACGUCUGCCCUGUGACGCGCGAGGACUUCCGCCGCGGCAUCGAGUCGGCCACGCGUGAGACGUUGUAG